ACCUCUGAGGGUAACAAUGGAAAAACAAAAUGAAGUGAGUCCGAUAUAGCUAGGGCUCGUUAAAAACUCUUCAAAAUCUCUGUGGAAGCCCCAUUUUCACAUCUAAAUCUCACAAAUCUCUCUCAAGCUUCGAUCUUUCUUCUAGAGACGAGCUAGUGCUUCCACAAACCCUAAACUAUGUCCGGCGGUUUCUUCCGGGGUACUUCCGCCGAGCAGGAUACUCGGUUUUCUAACAAGCAAGCUAAAUUGAUGAAAAGCCAGAAAUUUGCUCCGGAGUUAGAGAAUCUGGUGGAUAUCACUAAAGUGAAGAUGGAUGUUAUGAAACCUUGGAUUGCGACUAGAGUCACUGAGCUUCUUGGUAUUGAAGAUGAAGUGCUGAUUAACUUUAUCUAUGGUCUGCUUGACGGGAAGGUAGUGAAUGGUAAGGAGAUUCAGAUAACGCUAACUGGAUUCAUGGAGAAAAAUACUGGCAAAUUUAUGAAAGAACUUUGGACACUUCUUCUAAGCGCACAGAAUAAUCCAAGUGGUGUUCCACAGCAGUUUUUAGAUGCUAGAGCUGCUGAAACAAAGAAGAAACAGGAAGAAGCAAAUGAAAUAAUGAAGAAGAGGGAGGGAGAUAAGAAGAACAUUGAGCACGAUAUAUUGAGGAAAAUAGACAGCGGUGUAGAACAUAAGGAGACAAAUGGCAUGGAUGCAAAACCUUCAAGAGAUCGUCCAGAGGAUGGGAGAAGGGCUGACGAGAAGAAUGGUGUAAAAGAAAGGAGAAGGGAUCUGAUACCUCCACGUCGCGGAGAUGCAUCCCGCUCACCCCUUAGAGGGUCACGUUCUAGGUCAAUCAGCAAAACAAAUUCAGGCUCGAAAAGUUAUUCUGGCGAACGGAAAUCCAGGAGCACAUCUCAAUCAUCAGAUGCCUCCAUCUCACCUAGAAAGCGAAGAUUGUCGAAUUCAAGACGUAGAUCCAGAUCACGUUCCGUGCGUAGGUCUCUGUCUCCUCGGCGACGUAGGAUACACUCUCCUUUCAGAAGCAGGUCGCGGUCACCUAUUAGACGUCACAGGCGACCUACGCAUGAGGGACGCCGUCAAUCACCAGCCCCUUCAAGACGUCGCCGUUCUCCAUCCCCACCUGCUAGACGGCGCAGGUCACCAUCCCCACCUGCUAGACGGCGCAGGUCACCAUCACCACCUGCUAGACGGCACAGGUCUCCAACACCACCUGCAAGGCAGCGCAGGUCACCAUCGCCCCCUGCUAGGCGUCACCGUUCUCCACCGCCAGCUAGGCGGCGUAGGUCUCCUUCACCGCCAGCUAGGCGGCGUAGGUCUCCUUCACCGCCAGCUAGGCGGCGUAGGUCUCCAUCUCCACUCUACAGGCGUAACAGGUCUCCAUCUCCACUCUAUAGGCGUAACAGGUCACGGUCACCGCUGGCUAAGCGGGGAAGGUCUGACUCACCAGGGAGGUCUCCGUCACCAGUGGCUAGGCUCAGGGAUCCCACUGGGGCAAGAUUGCCUUCACCAUCCAUUGAGCAAAGAUUGCCUUCACCACCCGUUGCACAAAGGUUGCCUUCACCACCCCCUAGGCGUGCAGGAUUACCUUCACCACCCCCUGCGCAAAGGUUGCCUUCACCACCCCCUAGGCGUGCAGGAUUACCUUCACCAAUGAGGAUUGGAGGAUCUCAUGCAGCCAAUCACCUGGAAUCACCAUCACCCAGCUCAUUGUCCCCUCCUGGUAGGAAAAAAGUGUUACCAUCUCCACCUGUUAGAAGACGCAGGUCACUGACACCUGACGAAGAGCGAGUCUCCCUGUCACAAGGUGGACGCCAUACUUCCCCUUCACAUAUCAAGCAAGAUGGAUCUAUGUCACCUGUUAGGGGUCGAGGUAAAUCUUCUCCUUCAUCUCGACAUCAGAAAGCGCGCUCUCCUGUUCGGCGCAGAUCACCAACACCUGUCAACCGGCGAAGUCGAAGAUCUUCAUCUGCUUCACGAUCACCUGAUAGACGCAGGAGACGGUCUCCAUCUUCGAGCAGAUCUCCUUCUAGGUCGCGAUCACCUCCUGUUCUUCAUAGAUCUCCUUCUCCACGUGGAAGAAAACAUCAGAGAGAGAGAAGAUCUCCUGGGCGUCUAUCUGAAGAACAAGAUAGGGUUCAAAAUUCCAAGCUGUUAAAGAGAACUUCAGUGCCUGAUACUGACAAGAGGAAACAAUUACCAGAGAAGUUGCUAGAAGUUGGGCGUGUAGAACAUUAUAAGGAGCAGGAGAGAAAGAGUGAUAAGUUGUCAGAGAAGCGAUCUGUUCACAGACACCAUGGUUCACAGAUGUCCCCAGUAGAAAAUUCAGAAGGAAGGAGUCGGCCUGUUUCUAGUAAAGUGAAAGACAGUGAGCAGGUUGAGAAAGAGGAUAACAGCGACCUGGAUGCAAACCUUUCCUGUGAUUCUAAGGAUACCAUCAGACAUCAAAUUAAGGAUAAAAAUAGAAGAAAGAAUAAAAGGUCUUCAAGGGAAGAAGUAUCUUCAGAUGAUAAUGGCAGUUCUGAUUCCGACGUAGAUGAUAGGAAGGAGGCUAAAAGGAGGAGGAAGGAGGAGAAGAAAACGAGAAAGGAGGAGAAGAAACGUAGGCGAGAGGAGAGACAUCGUAAAAGGGAAGAACGUCGUGGUGGAAAGGAGAAGCAUAAGAAACAAGAGCUUUCUGAUACUUCAGAAGGUGAAGUUGAGGCCCGUCCUAAGAUUAAAAAAGGGGAGGAAUCUGAUCCAAAGAGGCUUGAAAUUGAGUUGCGAAACAAAGCACUCGAGUCAUUGAAAGCAAAGAAGGGCAUUAGCCACUAAGUCCCUUGUCCAGCGUUAUUUGAACAUCAUCUUUUAUGAUACUAUCCCUUGCUAGAUUUAUGAACAUCAUCUUAUGUUGUGUUUUUUCUUACAUGUUCCAAACUUUCUUAUGUGGUCUGUUUGUUGGUGGCAGCAAAAUUGGACAAGUGACAAUUAUGAUAGCAAAAUUGGACAAGUGACAAUUAUGAUAGCAAAAUUG